AUGGGACCCUCUGAAAAGCCAUCUACCUGCUGGAUGCACAAAGAAGCAGAGAUGCCCAUUGGACCCCAGCCUGAUGAGUGGAGCCAGGGGUCGAGGCCUGUGGAUGGAGGUGCUGCCCCUUUGUCCCUCUCCCCAGCACUGUCCAUCUUCCUUCUCUUUCCACUGGCCAGCGCCCUCCAGCCCAGUCUCCUGCCCUUUCCAGAGCUGAGGCUGGUGGGUGGCCCAAGCCGCUGCCGAGGGCGCCUAGAAGUCAUGCAUAGGGGCUCCUGGGGCAGCGUCUGCGACGAUGACUGGGACGUGGUGGAUGCCAACGUGGUGUGUCGUCAGCUGGGCUGUGGCCUGGCACUGCCCGUGCCUCGGCCCCUCGCCUUCGGCCAGGGCCGAGGUCCCAUUUUGCUGGAUAACGUGGAGUGCCAGGGACAGGAAGCCUCUCUGAGCGAGUGUGGCAGCCGGGGUUGGGGUGUCCACAAUUGUUUUCACUAUGAAGAUGUGGCCGUCCUGUGUGAUGAAUUCUUGCACACACAGCCCCCAACAAGGAAGAUGUUAACCAGUAGAGCACUCCCUAUAGCCGUCCAGAAUGGGAAAGGUGAGGGCAGUGUGCGUCUGGUGGGCGGUGCCGGCCCUUGUCAGGGCAGAGUGGAAAUCCUGCAUGGUGGCCUGUGGGGCACCGUGUGCGACGAUGACUGGGGGCUGCCGGAUGCCGCAGUGGUCUGCCGCCAGAUGGGCUGUGGGGCCGCCUUGGCUGCCCCCACCAACGCCUUUUUUGGUUAUGGCACGGGACAUAUCUUAUUGGACAACGUACACUGCGAAGGCGGCGAGCCCCGUCUUGCAGUCUGCCAGAGCCUGGGCUGGGGCGUGCACAACUGCGGACACCAUGAGGAUGCAGGCGCUCUCUGUGCAGUUCUGGGCCCUCCAACUUUCACAGCACUGCCACCCUCUGCCACAAGACAGGACUGGGCCUGGCACACAGAGCCAGCAGCUACUGGAGUUGGUGCUCAGUCUUCAGGAGACCCCGCAGUUCACAGCACAGCACCCUGGGCCCGAGGGAAAAAGAGCCAGCGGCUACGGCUGGUGGGCGGCCCAAGCCCGUGCCGGGGCCGCGUGGAGGUGCUGUACGCCGGGGGCUGGGGAACCGUGUGCGACGACGACUGGGACUUCGCGGACGCGCGCGUGGCCUGUCGUGAGGCGGGUUGCGGGCCCGCGCUAGGCGCCACGGGUCUCGGUCACUUCGGCUACGGCCGAGGCCCGGUGCUACUGGACAAUGUAGGAUGCACGGGUACAGAGGCCCGCCUCAGUGACUGCUUCCACCUGGGCUGGGGCCAGCACAACUGCGGCCAUCACGAAGACGCCGGAGCGCUGUGUGCAGGCCCAGAGGAGUCAGGACUCCAAUUCCAGCAGGAUGGUUCUGAGACUACCCGCAUGCCCAGUCCUCGUCCCAGAGAUGGGCACCUCCGUCUGGCCAGUGGAGCCCACCGAUGUGAGGGGCGUGUAGAACUCUUCCUGGGACAACGGUGGGGCACUGUUUGUGAUGAUGCCUGGGACCUUCGGGCAGCCAUUGUCCUGUGCCGGCAGCUGGGCUGUGGCCAGGCCCUGGCAGCCCCUGGCGAGGCCCACUUUGGCCCAGGCCGAGGCCCCAUCCUCUUGGACAAUGUCAAGUGCCGUGGAGAUGAGAGCACCCUACUACUCUGUUCUCACAUCCGCUGGGAUGUUCACAACUGUGACCACAGUGAAGACGCCAGUGUCCUGUGCCAGCCAUCAUGACCCAGCUGGCUUUGCACACCACAUCUGAGCUAAGAAGCCGAUUGGGACCUGAUCCUCCUCCUCUUCCAGGAAGCCCUUCUAUGAUAUAUCUGCAGUUCCUGGUGCUCCUCUCUCCCCUUACAUGGGGGAGCCUGCCUAUACCCCAAAUCCUUCUCUUGUGUGUCCUGAGACUGUUGUCACCUGCUGGAAGCUGAGUACAGUGCACAUAGUCAUGUUUUGCUAGCCAGCAGAAAACAAGGACCAUUCACUCUUAACUCUUCUCCUUGGGGGAGCUCUUAUAUAGUACCCUCUCAUUGCCUUUCUCAACCCAUAUCCACAAAGCUUGGGCUCUCUCUAAAUUCCCUCAUCCCCUUCCCCUGACCUAUUUUGGUCACUCUGAUAAGAGGGCGGUAGGAGGAAUUGGGGUGCUCUUUCCAUAGAUGCACAGGGGACUGCAAAAAAACCUAGGUCACAGCCUUCCCUGCUGGGUAAGGACCUGGACUCAGAUGGUGCUCAGCUGAACAGGGGGGCUGGAGGGGCCAAAGCAGGGACAGCGGGGUCCCUCUCUGCUGCUGGAACCAGCGUCUCUGCUUUCCACUGCCCCCAGCACAGAGCCUCCACCUUGCAGUACCAAAGAAGCCUGGAGACCUGUAGCCAGGGUUCAUAGGUGCCAAGUCAAUAAAGCAUUAUCCUGCCUGUCUUUUAACUGA